AUGGGUGUUGGGAAAAGUAAAUUGGCAACAGUAACGGUCGUGGCAUUGGAAGAGAGACAGUCAAAUGUACCUCUACCCCCGUUUCGAAGCGGUGCCGGUGCGAACGGUGUAACAGAAGGUGUGUGGAUGUGGUCCCACCCACUUCCACAUCCCGAUCGAGAACAGAAGAAAAAAGGUUCUGUUAUGAUUCUUGACUGUGAAGGAAUGGGUGAUUUAGAUGAGCACAUAGGUGCGAAUCUAUAUUUAUUCUGCAUGCUUAUGAGCACUGCAUUUGCUGUUAUUCUUCGCCCAUCGCGAGUUGAUCGGUCUCAAUGUGAUCGUCUCUAUCAUGCCUUGUGUUGUUUCGAACGAAUGCGAACGCCCUAUGUAUUACCGAACGUUUGA